AUGAAUCAGGUUGAUGAUUAUGAGUACUUUUGUCAUAGUUGUGAAGAUGUGAAACGAACUAGCGAUAUCGAAAUUAUAUACGAUGGGGAGAUAAAAUGUAAAAGCUGCAAUCACGUGGGCUUUGUGGAGAAAAUUGACGAAGAUGACCCCCUCAGUUUUCAUUCGAUUCAUUCCGGUAGGGACAGACGGAAUGCGAACGAAGAAGGUGGUGCUGCUGGGAACGAUUAUGCAAACAGUUUGAAUAGUCCCUACGGGAAUGAUGGUGGUGGUGGGAGAGGCUCCACCACGCAGGGCAAUGGGGACAACCGUGGCAGCAAUAGACAGGGCAACCGAAGUAAUAAUAGCGCCUUCUUCGGAACGAGUGAAAACUUUUUUAACGAUUUGUUGAUGUUCAGAAAUGUGUACCAGCAGAUGUUUAACACAAAUUUCAGACCAACCGAUACGGACUUCCAUUUUACCGCCAAUUUUGGUGCCCCUAUGGCCGAGGGGGGAAUGCCCGAUAGUGCACCUCGGAAUGACACCCAGGGUAGGGUCUUCUUCGGAAGGAACUACAUAUACAACAAUGGCGGUGCUGACAGUGGAAGCGGCGUUGGGGGGUUGGGCGGAUUUAGCGGGUUUACCGAAGUUGGCGGUACGGGGGGCGUCGGCCCGGUCAGUGACAGCGGGGGGAACGCCACCAGCGUGAAUGCCAACGGCGGCACUAGUAGGAAUCCCAGGAGUCCAAGAAUUAUCACCAGAGCCAUUGACAUCACCAACAUCCCCCUGAAUUCUCCAAUCAGAUUAAACUUCCACGACCUAAUAGACAACAUUCUAACCAACUCCUUCGAUAACAUUUCUCUAGACCAAGUGUUAACAAUUAUUAUGGAGAGUGACCCAUCUAGGAAUGGCCCCCCACCAGCAUCUGAAGCAAUUAUAAAAAAUUUAAAAGUGGAAGUUUUAACAAAAGAAAGAGCAGAGGAGUUAGAAUCCUGUGCCAUAUGUAGGGAAGAAUAUAAAGAAAACGAUGAGGUACAUAGGAUAACGGAUAAUGAGCGUUGUCGGCAUGUUUUUCAUUGUUCAUGUAUUAUCCCAUGGUUGAAGGAAAGGAAUUCUUGUCCCACUUGCCGUUUUGAGCUUCCCACGGAUGAUCAGGAAUACAACUCCAAGAGGGAGGAACUACGGGAAAGAAUAAAUUCCGAAAUUUCUCGUAACAAUACGUUUAGCAAUUCUAAUGGUGUAAAUGGGGAGAGUACAUCUGUGGGUAAUAGUGGGGUUGGCGGUGAUGAGGUCGAUGACGUCGGUGGGGGUAGUAAUGAGGGUGCACAGGGAAACAACGACAGUGCACCCGAGAAGGAGGAGUCUCCUGAAGGUGAUGUAGCCUCGUCGGCAAAUGGCACCACUACACAGCGAAAUGCAACUGCAGGGCAAGUGAGUAAUCCUACAACACAGCAGACAAGUGGCCCUGACGCUGUUACUGGCUCUGUUGCUGGUGCAGAGGAAGGCGGUGGGAGUAGGUACAUUCCCUUCACUGAAGAAUACGACAUCAACCUGGUUGAAGGGUUUGCAUCUGCACAGACGCAGAGCAUUAUACAAAAUAUUUUUAAUACGUUUAUACUUGGAAGUAGCGACGCGAAUAGAGUAGGUGGAUUUAUCUCUGCUCCGCAAGUAUUUUCCAGAAGCAGCAACAGAAAUUCUGAUAACCGGAAUGUGCAUGAGUGGGGUGAAGGGAGGGCAGGAGAAGGUCCUGUGGAGGGACCCACUGGAGAGGGAAGCGCGUCAAACACGAACGACGCAAACAGUAAGGAAGUGAACCCUGCUCAGGAGGGAAACAACACCGCUAAUAGUAAUAACAAUUCGAGUGGAAACAUAAGCGGUGGCAGCACAAACCAGAACCGUACAGGACGAAUUGGCACGAACCCAUUACGUGUAAGGAGCAGGGUGUACGAACCCGUAUCUAGCGCACCUAACGUAAUAGAUAACACAUUCGACCCGGUUAGGAUGUUUAGUGUUAGUAACAGUUUGAAUGGUGGCCAAGGGGGUGGCAGAGACAACAUGGGAGAUCCACCAUUGGGGGUGAUAAGUUCGAUGAGGAUUACCAGGACGACUGAGUGUGAGCCUACGGCCGGUGCCGACCCGACGAACCCAUUCGAUCUGACAGUCGACGAAUUUGAAACCUCUGCUUUUAUGAACGCUGCAAGUGCAUAUAUGACGAACGGGGCAAAUAAUUCCCACCGGCAGGAAGGACGAUUUGUCGAUGGCGUAUUCAGGGAAGGCGAAUUCAAUGAUGAAGGCCUGGAUCCAUGGGGUCCCUUUUGUGAAAGUGUGUCUAGAAACAUGGAAGAGAGUUGCAAUGUGAACAAGGAGGAGGGACCUUCCACGAACACCACUCAUGUGAAUGACGCUAGUCCGACGAAUGGUGUCACCUCUAAUGAUAAGCAGAAGGAGGAUCCCAAGAGAGAUGCCACGCCUGCGGAUUCGUGUGCAAAAAGUGAUGAUUGUUCUGCUAGCCCCAGCGCAAAGAGCAGCAGUAUCAGUAACUCCAGGGAUAAGCAAAGCGGAAGCGGUAGCGGUAGCAGUACAUCGAAGAAAAACGAAAAGAGAAUUUACGAAAAAGUCAGCUCAGGGUAUAGUAAUGGAAGCAACAGUAACAACAGCUCGGGGAAAUGCAAGGACAGUGACGUCGAAAAGGAAAACAUGAGGAAGAAGUCGAAGAGCAGCCAGCAUGUGGAUGAUAGUAGCAAUUUAAGCUUUUGUAACGGUGUUGAGGAAGGCAGUGGUGAAGGUGCGCCCAGCUCGCUUACAUCGGUGGAAGCGGCAGCAGCAGAGGUAGCGGAAGAGGUAGCAGAAGAUGUAGCAGCAGACGUAGCAGAAGAAGUAUCCGACGCCAGGAAUACUCAGAAGAAACAAAGCACAGUGAAAAAGUACCUGUUCGAUAGACUACACUGGCUAAAAGGUUACGAUGGCAAGGAUAAAAAGAAGAGCGAAAAGGGGCAUGACACAAGUGAAGGCGGUGGUUUAGACGAAAACGGGGCGAAUGUGGAAAAUGGUGGGAACGAUGCUAGCAGUGCAAGGGAGGUGAAUACUCCUGAAGGGGGUGGCAACCAAAAGUGCAGCCCAAGCGGAAUCCACAGGAAUCAAUGA